AUGCCGCGGAAGUACUGGAAGCCGCGGGGAGGCCCUGGAUGUGUGGCGCCCGCGCCGGAGCUUCACUGGAAGGCCCUAAACCCUAACCCCGUCCCUGCGGAGGUCCCCGAGUGCUCCCGCUCCCGCGCCGCCGAGGUGUCCGAUGACGACGCCUUUGUGGACGUCCCCGCCACCGCUGAGGAUGCUGUCGUGGAGGAAGAAAUAGCAACAAAGCUGGUGGGGAUUCACAUGGAGUUGAGUCAGGAGGAGCUGCGCGCUAACCAUCAGAUGCAGGAGGACGAGAUAUUUGCCUUGGAAGCAAUUUUUGGAGACAGCAUCGUCAUUUUAAACAAAAAAGAAGGUCAACGGUCUUUCCAGGUUCAUGUACACAUUGAGAUACCAGAUGAUGGUAUAGAUGUCUCGGCAAGGCUCGACUAUGGUACUGGAACAUUAAAUUAUGGGGAAACAUGUGAUGGUGAUGCCUCGGAUAAUCUUGUUUACAAGUUUAGGGUUGAGCAUUUGCCUCCAAUCCUGCUAACAUGCUACCUGCCUUCGUCCUACCCGAGUCAUCAACCUCCCUCUUUCACCAUCUCCACCGAAUGGCUGGACACAGUGAAGAUUUCAUCGUUAUGUCAAAUGCUUGAUAUGAUUUGGGAAGAGCAGCAGGGCAUGGAAGUAAUAUAUCAGUGGGUUCAGUGGCUCCAAAACUCUUUACUUUCUCACCUAGGGUUUGCUGAUGAGAUAAUUUUAAGCAAGGGUGAUCUAACCUGUCAUGAAGAUGGUGGGGAUAAGCAUGCUUGUCGAGAUGAUUCUGCACCUGAUGUUAUAAUUACAAGGAUUAUGAGAUAUGAUGAUGAUAAGCGUCAUGAAGCCUUCUUACAUGAUAUUCAUGACUGCAUGAUAUGCUUCAGCGAGUUUCCUGGUGUCGAUUUUGUCACACUUCCAUGCCAUCAUUUCUUUUGCCGGAAAUGCAUCCAAACAUACUGCAAAAUUCAUGUCAAGGAAGGAACUGUAUUGAAGUUGACGUGUCCUGAUACAAAAUGUGAAGGUGUUGUUUCUCCUCAUAUAUUGAAAACACUUCUGGCGGAGGAUGAGUAUGAACGUUGGGAAAAACUGCUUCUUCAGAGAACUCUCGAUGCCAUGAAUGAUUUAGUUUAUUGUCCAAGGUGCGAAACUGCUUGCUUGGAGGAUGAAAGUAACGAUGCGGUUUGUCCGAGUUGUCUAUUCAGCUUCUGCACGCUUUGUACAUCCCACCGUCAUGUGGGGAAACAAUGUAUGACCGCAGAG